AUGCAAUCAACCCGACUUGAGCUGGUCCCCUUAUCCACAGACCAUCUGCCAGGUUAUUUCUUGGUGCGGUCCGAUUGGGAAAUUGAGAAAUGGAACAGUCCCAAGCCAUUCACCUCAAUACAGGAAGCAGAAAAAGAUUUGUUAUCAAGAAUAUGGAGUGUCGACCCUACGCAAGAUACAUACGCAAUCCUCCUCCGCCAGGACCUGGAUCCCAAGACAAUUGAUAGGUCACAGUGCACAGAAGUCACAGAUAGCGACAGUACAGAUAGUGACGGUGUUCUCGUGCCUGGAGGUUUCAUCGGCUAUAUAGGUGUCUAUAGACUCGAUCAGGUGCCCGACGUCCACUAUACUAUCCACCGAUCUGCGUGGGGGCUUGGAUUUGCGACUGAAGCACUACUCGCGUUCACAGAGUUGUUCUGGAAGACCUACCCCGAACACUAUCGAUUGAUAGGACGUUGUGACACCGAGAAUCCGGCUUCGGGUCGGGUAAUGGAGAAAGUGGGGUUUGAAUACUACGAUUAUAUAUGUGCAGAUGAGUUUCAGCCAUGGAUGGUACCAUCAGCACGAGAUAGUCUGCGAUUUGUACUGGUUAGGCCGGGCUACACCUUUGACUAG